AUGGUAGUGAAGAGCAAACAAGAAGCGCGGCAUGUAGAAGAUCUUCGAGGAGUGUUUGAGGUGCUCCGGCAACAUAAGUUGUGCCUAAAUGCUAAGAAGUGCACUUUCGGUGUGGGGGCUGGUAAGUUCUUGGGGUAUCUGAUCACCAAUCGGGGAAUAGAGGCCAACCUCAAUCAGAUCGAGGCUGUAAAUCACCUCAAGCCGUCGAGCAAUCCAAAAGAAGUGCAAUCAUUGUUAAGGAGGUUAGACUUCACACGCCAGAUAGCUAAAUGGGGGACUCGGCUAGGUUCCUUCGACAUACGGUACAGGCCGCAAAGCUCGAUAAAGGGGCAGGUCCUAGCUGAUUUCGUUGUGGAGUUCUCUCCUAAAGAUGACAGGAAGAUUAUCUAUCUUGUAGAGAAUUGCCCGUGGAAAGUAUUUGUGGACGGUGCUUCAAGUGUUAUGGGGGCUAGAGCCAGAAUUGUCAUAAUUACUCCGGAGGGGAUACAUUUAGAGCAUUCCUUUAGAUUGGGAUUUAAAGCCUCUAAUAAUGAGGCCGUGUAUGAGGCCCUUCUUGCCGGAUUAAGGACCGUUUUAUGCUUGGGUGCACAGGAUGUGGAGAUUUAUUCUAAUUCUCGAUUGGUUGUGUAUCAGAUCCAAGGCAGCAUUGAAGCUCAGGAUUCAUGGAUGAAAGCCUAUUUGCGAGCAGCAAAGCAAAUCAUUAACAAGUUCGAAACGAUGAAGGUGGCCCAAGUCAACCGAGCACAGAAUAGACACACUGACUCCCUAGCCACGUUAGCCUCGUCAAUGACCGAGGAAAUUCCUCAGCUUAUCAAAGUAAAGCUUAUAAGGGAGCCAAGCAUUGGUAUGGGAGAUAGUUGUAUCACAGCCGAGAUCAACGUCGCCGUAAUUUCAACAACCAGACUGUGUUGGAUGGACUCGAUCAUUGACUUCUUGGCCGAGGAUCGAGUUUCGGAUGAUGAAAAAGAGGCCAAAAAGAUUCGUCGGGUGGCUUCUCGGUAUUGGCUAUCAGCAGAUCACAAGUUAUACCGAAGGGGGGCGCUUGUUAGCACACCGAGCGAUGACUCAAGGAUUUUGGUGGCUGCAGAUGUAGAAAGAUGCAGCGGAAUAUGUAACCACCGGUUCGUGUUGGUGGCAGUUGAUUACUUCAUGAAAUGGGCAGAAGCUGAUGCCUUGGCUAAUAUCCGGGAUGUAGACAUCAAGAAGUUUGUGUUGAAAAACAUAGUCACGAGAUUCGGGAGCAAUGGCCAAGCUGAAGCGACUAACAAGACAAUCUUGAACGAGUUGAAAAGAAGGUUGGAUUGGGCGAAGGGAAGGUGGGCUGAGGAGCUACCUAACGUUUUGUGGGCUUACCGUACAACACCCAGAAGGUCCACAGGGGAGACUCCGUUCUCCUUAACGUAUGGAGCAAAAGCCGUGAUACCGGCCGAGGUGAAUUUAUGCAGUGCACGGGUUGCAGGAUUCGACCUCAUCCAAAACGAUGGGUUAAUGCUGGAACGCUUGGAUUGGUUGGAAGAGUGCCGAGAAGCAGCAACAAUACGGCUAGUGGAAUACCAACAAAAGCUUGCCCAACGAUACAACUGA